AUGGUUCGAAUUGAGGCGAGCGACGAAGUGACACCCGUAUUCAUCAAGGGAUGGUGGAGUCAACUGGAAAGAUCACAGAAAUUAAAAGUGUUUAGCGUGAUUUUGGUCUAUUUCGCCGUUUUCCUAUUGUCAUGCGAGCUGUACACCAGAAGCCACUUCGUCAUUCAUCGUAUCUACUUGAACUCACUCAAGAAGGCAGGAUUUCCGGAACAGCCAGUCAAUUAUGAGUUAGGAAUUAUUAAAGGAAUAGGAUACCUGGACGAAAAAGUAUUCCGAUUUCAAAAAAUCUGGCCAAAAGUCACGCAAAACCGAUCCACGAUGGUUGAACAAUUUUUGCAAGAACAAAUGCGCGAUCUCGAAGGAUUGUGGAUGACAUGUCGAAAGCAGAUACAUCGAGCAAACUCAUUUCGUGGAGCAGCCCAAACGACCCACAUCCUAUCUUUGAUUGUCUUGUUCAUGGUCCCCAGCAUGUUUGUGAUCAGCCGAGUAUGGGCGGUGCGCUCCACGACCGUCUCUCUACAGCUCACGAUCACGACAAUUUUCGUGCACUACGCAGCAUCAGUCGACUUUCACAACUGCCUCAUGGGGGUGCGUAACAAAGUGGACCGUGCAUUGCGACCGACCUACAGAAUAACAUAUGAACUGACACCUCACAUCCUGUACACCCUGUUGAUCACGGUAACAGUGUGUGGCAUCCCCCUGAUAUGUAUGAGCCUUGUCACCGAUUGUGGGAAACGAAAAUACGCCUGCAAAUAG